AUGUCUACUACAGUUCGCAAAGUUCUCAUCUCUGCGUUUGGCGAUGUCGACAAGGUCAGCGUUGUUAGUGCCGAAAUCCCAGCCCCGGUUGCGAAUGAGGUGCAGGUCAAAGUCGUCUACUCUGGCUUCUCUGGCGCAGACAUCAACAUGCGACUUGGCCGUUAUCCCAUGCAGAAGGCAGCACCGUUGACACCUGGCUACUGCUUCACCGGCCGUGUCCACGCCAACGGCCCCCGAUGCAGUAAAUUCAAGGUUGGCGAUCUUGUUACAGCUAUCACAAUGUACGACUCUGAGGCAGAACUGGUCAACGUGCCAGAGAAGUCUCUUGUUGCUGUACCUGAGGGUCUCAAUCUCCAGCAGGUCACUGCAUUGACACUGGAUUGGAACACGGCAUAUGGCAUGGUAACACAUGCUGCCAAGGUCUCCAAGGGACAACGAGUCUUCAUUCAUGGCAUGAGUGGCUCAGUCGGGUACGCAACCCUUGUCCUAUGUCAGUUGCAGGGCGCGGUGGUCUAUGGCACUGCAUCGGAGCGAAAUCAUGCUGCACUACGAAAACUUGGUGCAACUCCUUUCGUCUACACCAACAAAGAUUGGAUGACCGCGAUGCGUGAACUGGGAGGUGCUCAUGUUGUGUUCGAUCCACUUGGCUACGAGAGCUGGGACGAGUCUUACAGCGUCCUCUGCGAUAAAGAGCAUAGCACCCUGGUUGGCUUUGGGCAGAACCUGGCAACUUUCAAUGGAGAGGCUGAGAGAUCACCCAUGACACCUAUUUUCAAACUGUUGUUGCGCAACUUGACCUUCUGUCCUUACAAGAAGACAGUGUUCUACUACAUCAAGCCUAAGAGCAAGCAGUUCGAACCAGACCUGCGUGCUCUGCUGGACUUGCUUGCAGCAGGCACCAUCUCGCCGUCGAUCAAGGGUGUUUGGGAUAUGGAAAAUAUCAAAGAUGCGCAUCAGAGCUGGUCAAAGUCAUCGGGGAUUGGAGCCAUGGUGAUUCGCGUGGCGAAGGAAGACUAA